UGUUGCCUUUACAAGAAGAACUGUGUUGUUUUGUGUGGUGAUGCUUUAGUUUAUUGUAAUGAAUGUGCCCUUGUCGCAGAAUUUGUGUCAGCAGCCAAAUUAUUUUGUAGGCAUACAGGUGGACUGGUUCAAGUUUUAACUACUCUCGGACGUUGGCUCAUAUCUCUAUCACUGAAUCAGUUUAAAUUUAAAGCUAGUCUGUUUUCUUAAUUCUAUAAACGUUGGAUUCUUCAAUUGCGCAACGUUUUUUGUAGCAGUUUUCAAUUUAAAUCAAUGUCCUAUUAAUAUAAUAAUAGGCUAUUAAUGACUACUGCUGAGUGUAUAUUAAUGCUCUGGCCUACCAGUGUCCGAUAAUGCCACAAUGAUGUAAUCUUAAAAAUGGAGUCAUCUUAGACAGUUUUGGGCAUUCUUCCUACCUAAAGAGUUGUUCCAGGCAUCUAUUGUAUUCAGUUGUUGGAUUGAGUACAGAUAUAAUGCGGGAUGAUUAUGGAUUGUGUACCCAAGUUUUAUCCAGAUAAACAUUAAAGAAAAAUCAUGGGAAACUCCAAACCAGGCCGAUUUUUCCUUUAUUCAAUGCUUGUCUUCUCCCUAAAGGUCCCAAUUAUUGGAAGCUGGUCAUCUAGAGUGAAGAGAAGCAACAAUUUCACAUUUACUCUCAACCUACCUUAUGCAGAUGAGACUAAUACAUUCUCUCUGUUAGAGAAUGUACAAACCAAGUUGAUUCUUGGUCUCAUUGAGAUACAGCAAACAGACCCUGAUUCCUCACUCAGUAUUGUUUGUGCAACAGAUAGUGAGUACUUAAAGAUAGUGAAAACAAACCAAUACAUGUAUACGAUUGAAGUGAGUAAAUCUCUGGACUAUGAGACACAAUCUCGAUUAUACGUCACUAUUGCGUGCAGUAAUGUUGAAGCUCCAUUCUCACGCCAGGAAAAAUAUUUCACAAUAAAUGUUCAAGAUGUUAACGACAACGCUCCUAGUUUCUCAGAGCUUUUCUACCUUGCUAAUGUUACCGAACAUGUAGAAAAUAAUUCUUAUGUAACCAGGGUCACAGCGACUGAUGCAGACUCUGGAAUCAAUGCAAAAAUAUUUUAUUCCAUUCAAGGACUUGAUGGGUUCAGCAUUUCCCCAUUUGGUAUCAACUCAAUCACUGGGGAAAUAGUUACCAAUACCGACAUAGACAGGGAAACAGCAACCAAUUUUAGUUUUUUGGUGGUGGCUACAGAUUCUGGUAAACCUUCAUUAACUAGUACAGCUAAUAUUCUCAUCACUGUUGAAGAUAUCAAUGAUAAUCCACCAGCUAUUCUGACAAAAGUUCUGUAUAUUCGUGAAAACCAACCUGUUUUGACUGAAGUUGGUUUUAUAAAAGCCUAUGAUGCUGACUCAGGCAAAAAUGCAGAUGUUGAGUUUAGUAUUAUAAAUGACAAAAAUUCAUCCCUACCACCUUUCACUGUUAAUUCUAAUGGGCUUGUAUCUACCACAGCACAAUUAGACCGUGAACAGCAGUCCAACUACUCUAUUGUUGUCCAAGCCAGCGACAAAGGUUUCCCUUCUAAAACAAGCACAUCAACAGUCCUUAUUCAGGUAAACGAUGAAAAUGACCAUACCCUAGAAUUCAUCAGACCUUGUGGGGCCAAUGAAUCUUUGUCAUGGACAAAUCAUUCUGAUGUUGACAGCUAUGUAACAGUAAACUGGCACGAGCCUGCUGGUGACAGACUGGUAUUUAAAGUUGAAGCUACAGAUGAUGACAUUGGGGAAAAUUCUGAUCUUCACUUUAACCAUUAAUGUCCCAUUCAUUCUACCAAAACUCCACCCAUGACGGCCCAAUGUAAGGAGCAUAACUCUGUAUGAUCAAGUGAAUAGUUUCACAAAAUAUUUGUUUUUGUCUAAAUGAAAUUUAAAUUUAAGAUAAAAACUACUGCUUAAUGUUGGGAAUAAACCUGGCUUUCCAACAGUAUUAAAUAGAAUAUAUUAUAUUCGGUACAAGUACAGAAUAAAAAUAAAAAAUGUCGGAGAAAAUUCAAAACUGGUCAUUUUCGGUAGUCAACUUUAUUUAUUUUUGUCUAAACAACUAUGCAUCGAAUUUAACAGUUAAAUAUCAAUUUGGUUAUGUUUAAGAUAUAUAAUUCAUAAAAUACAUGCCUAGAUACGUUUAGAGGCAUUAUUUUAUUUUAUUUUUAAUAUUAAAUCUACUAAAAAUAGGACAGAUGAGUCUAAAAUUUCGAGAUAGAAAGAAACUUUUAUUUUUUAUCUUUCAAAAGCGCCAUUGAAAUUAGAAGACCGGAAAAGGAUGCUGAAAGUAUCCGACUUCCUGUUUGGUUAAAAAUUAGGAUUUGUAGACCAAAUUUUAAUGAAACAAAUUUAAUUUUUCUAUGCGUAUUGUAAGCGGGCGGCAGCGGGCGUUACGGGACAUUAACGGUGUCGGGCGGCAGCGGGCGUUACGGGACAUUAAUGGUUA